AUGUCUUCGAACAUCAUGAAAACGGGAUUUAGUACUGAAGAAGAUAAAACCUUGGCUGAACUCGUUGGGUUUCAUCCAUGUUUAUUUGACUUGGCAAACCCUUCAUACAAAAAUCAAAUAAUAAAAGAAAAUGUAUGGAAACAAAUUUCAAACGAAUUGAACAGACCAGUUGAUGAUUGUAAAAAGCGGUGGAAAAAUAUUAAGGAUACAUAUAAUAAAAAAAGGAGAGGCAGAAAAUUGGGUACUGGGUCAGCUACGAGAGAAAAACCUUCGAAAUGGAUACUAGAGGAUGUUUUGACAUUUUUGGAUACAGCUGUAUAUGAAAGACAGAGCUUAACGAAUGUGACAAACGAUGAGGACGAGGAAGAAUGUUUAAAUUCAUUGGAUAAUAGUGUUUCUCAAAUUGAACCGGAAAAUGAAAACAUACAAUUACCAUCAACUUUAGAGUCUACAACAGAAGUUCAAAAAUCAAAAAUAGAAACAACUGGUACAAAACGACAAAAAAAAACUGAAGCAUUCAUCGAAAUAUUGAACCAAAGAAGUGAAGAAAGAAGCCGUUUACUACAAGAGCUGACAAACCCAGAAGAAGCAGAAGACCCAAUCGACGUUUUCUUCAAAAGUAUAGCCCUAACAGUAAAACAGUUUUCGCCCCAACUAAAGAUUAAAGCAAAAAUGGAAGUAUUAAAAAUAAUAAAUGAACUGGAACUUUUGAAUCUUAAACCAUCGAAUCAGACAAGUAGUCCUUCUAAUUACGAGUUUGCAGAAAAUGUAAGUUCUAGGUUCCAAGAGUUACACCCGAUAAAUUAUUCCGCCACAUCACAUUCUGAGCUCAAUGGAAACUCAUCAGCAUCCAAUUGGUCGGAACAUUUUCAAAAUUUUUAAAUACUAAUUUGCAUUUAAUUAUUACAAUUACUUUAACCUUGUUAUUUAUGCUAUUUUAUGUUUUUGAACAGUAGUAUUUUUACUUAAAUAUUAAUUUGUUUUUUUUUAUUUUAAAAAGUGACGAUUUUAUUUUAUUUUUUAUCAAUAUAAUAAGAUAUAUUUAUUUUAUUUAUUCUUUUACAUAAUGCUUCCGUUAUAAUUUUUCUUUUUUAUUUAUAUUGAUCAAGUAUAUGAUAUGUUAUAUGUAUAAAUAUUUUUAAAAACAUUCUUACCUUAACGUCACAGCGAAUUUCUCUGCCGGUGAAAUAGGCUCUUUCACUCUGUUAUACGGAUUUAAUUUUAAAUCAUCUUCGAUUAGAUUUAAAACAAAAUUAAACUGCUCCCAACUCAGUCUAAAAAAUUCCCUGAAUUUUUUUUCAUCUCUAAACAAAUGUUUCUCAAUCAAUACACUAAAAAAACCCUCCUUUUUUCUGGUCAAAUACAAAUCGUUCACACUUUUUGUCAUAACUUCUUCAAUUAUAAUUUCUUCUUCUUCUAUUUCUUCUAAUAAUAGAUUUAUCAAUAUUUUUUUUUUCUGUUGACGCAACAUUGUUCACUGGUUUGAAAAUUUAUAAUACACAAAUUUAUAAUAAAUACAAAAUUGUAACCAAAUACAUGUGAUCAAUAGAACGAACAACGACGUAUUAACCCGAUAUCAAAAUAUGUGCCGCCCGGCCAUUUGUUGUGGCGCGGCGCGGCGCGAUUUGUAGUUCUAGGGAAUCCGCUAUCAACCGCGCGGCUAAAAUUAGAGUCGCGCCGCGUCGGCCGCGCUGGUCGCGCGUCUCUAGACGCGUUCUAAGGAAUCGCA